CUACAUAGUGCACUAUGUGUCCAGUAGGAAGCCAUUUUGUUUUCAGCCUCCGAGCCCAUGGUGCGUUUGAAACAUGGCGACUAUACAAGUUAGCGAAGCGGAGAAAGUGUAUAUUAUGCAUGGAGUGCGGGAUGGUUUAAGAGUGGACGGGCGUGGCUGUGAGGACUACAGGCAUAUGGAGAUUGAUAUCACAAUGAUUUCUAUACUGUUACAGGGACAGACAGACGUUCUUGUGGGAAUAAAAGCUGAGAUCGGCAGGCCGAGGCCCAUGGUGCCAGAUGAGGGUUAUCUGGAGUUCUUUGUUGACUGCUCAGCAAACGCCACGCCAGAGUUUGAAGGUCGUGGGGGUGAGGAGCUCAGUGUGGAGCUGAGUAACAAUCUGUAUAAAGUCUUUAAUAACAGACACAGUCUGGACCUGCGCAGCCUCUGUAUCUGCGCUGGAGAGCACUGCUGGGUUCUGUACGUGGACGUGUUGCUCCUCCAGUGUGAUGGAAACCUGUUUGAUGCAAUGUCCAUCGCCAUAAAAGCAGCUCUGUUCAACACACGGAUUCCUAAAGUUCACAUAUCGGAGGACGAGGAAGGGGGGAAAGAGAUUGAGUUGUCUGAUGACCCCUAUGACUGCAUGCGUCUCAACGUGGAAAACGUCCCCUGCAUUGUGACCUUGUGCAAGAUCGGCCAUAGGCACGUAGUGGACGCCACCUUGCAGGAGAAAGCCUGCUCAGUAGCCAGUUUGCUGAUUUCAGUCACCCACAAAGGAACAGUGACUUGUGUACGGAAGCUUGGAGGAGGCAGUCUGGACCCAGACAGUAUCUUUGAAAUGACAGAGACGGGAAAGCGAGUGGGGAAGAUGCUUCAUGUACCGCUGAUGGAGCUGCUGCAAAAAGAAGAGAGUCUUGGAAGAGAGAGAACAAAAGUGGGCUUCCUGGCCUAGCAUCUCUCUUUUUUUAACCUGUAUUUUUUCUAUUUUCAAAUCUGAAAUAAAUAUUUGUUUUUCCUUUUUAAAA